UCUGGGGCGGAAGUACGCGGGAGUGUCUCGGCCACUGACCACCUAGCAUCAUGGUGGCGCCUGUGCUGGAGGUGUCUCAUGUCUUUUGCUGCCCAAACCGGGUUCGAGGAGCUUUGAGUUGGAAUUGCGGACCUGGAGGACUCCUGGCCUUUGGCACGUCCUGCUCCGUGGUUCUCUAUGACCCUCAGAAAAAGGUAGUUGUUACCAAUCUGAAUGGUCACAAAGCUCAGGUCAAUUGCCUGCAGUGGAUCCGUAGACAGGAUGGCUCCCCUUCUGCUGAAUUGGUGUCUGGAGGAUCUGACAAUAAUGUGAUUCACUGGGAAAUAGAGAAUAAUCAGGUCUUAAAAGCAGUCAGUCUCCAAGGACAUGGAGGACCUGUUUAUGCUGUGCAUGCUAUUUACCAGAGUGACCCAUCUGAAAGCGAGCUGCAGGCCUUGAUAGCGUCUGCAGCUUCAGACUCCACAGUGCGACUCUGGUCUAAAAAGGGGUCGGAAGUCAAAUGCCUUCAGACCUUGAACUUUGGGGAUGGAUUUGUUCUGACUGUCUGCCUAUCUAUUUUGCCUGAUACUAAUGUACCAAUAUUAGCAUGUGGUGAUGAUGACUGCAAAAUUCACUUAUUUGUUCAACAGGAUGACCAGUUUCAGAAAAUGCUUUCUCUCUGCGGACAUGAGGACUGGAUAAGAGGCGUAGAAUGGGCAACCUUUGGUAGAGACCUUUUCCUAGCAAGUUGUUCACAGGAUUGCCUAAUACGAAUAUGGAGACUGUAUAUGAAACCAACAUCUUCAGAAACUGAGGAUGAUAGUGUCAGACUGACAGAAAACACUUUCACUCUACAAGAUGGAGAUGUUAGCACAACAGUUGCGGUUACCCUGGAAACCUUGCUGGCUGGACACGAAAACUGGGUAAAUGCAAUUCAUUGGCAGCCUUCAUUUUACAAAGAUGGGAUUCUGCAGCAGCCGGUGAGAUUGCUGUCUGCCUCCAUGGACAAAACUAUGAUCCUCUGGGCUCCAGAUGAAGAGUCAGGUGUUUGGCUAGAACAGGUCCGAGUAGGUGAAGUAGGUGGAAAUACUCUUGGGUUUUAUGAUUGCCAGUUCGGUGAGAAUGGCUCUAUGAUCAUCGCUCAUGCAUUCCACGGAGCACUGCACCUUUGGAAAAAGAGUACAGUAAACCCAAGACAGUGGGCUCCAGAGAUUGUUAUUUCAGGCCAUUUUGAUGGUGUCCAAGACCUAUUGUGGGAUCCAGAGGGAGAAUUCAUCAUUACUACUAGUACUGAUCAGACAACUCGCCUCUUUGCUCCAUGGAAGAGCAAAAAGCGAUCACAGGUAACUUGGCAUGAGAUUGCAAGGCCUCAGAUACAUGGAUAUGACCUGAAAUGUUUGGCGAUGAUUGAUCGGUUUCAGUUUGUGUCUGGAGCAGAUGAAAAAGUUCUUCGUGUUUUUUCUGCUCCUCGGAAUUUUGUGGAAAAUUUUAGUUCCAUUUCAGGGCAGUCACUGAAUCAUAAGCUUUAUGAUCAGGAUGAAGAUCUUCCAGAAGGAGCCACUGUUCCUGCAUUGGGACUAUCAAAUAAAGCUGUCUAUCAGGGAGACAUGGCCUUUCAGACUUCUGAGGAGGAGUUGCUCUUAACUGGCCCUGCCUUCGCGUACCCAGAAGUGACUUUUCAGCCUGCUGUCCUUAACGAACCUCCAACUGAGGAUCAUCUUCUGCAGAACACAUUGUGGCCUGAAGUUCAGAAACUGUAUGGACAUGGCUAUGAGAUAUUUUGUGUUACUUGUAACAAUUCAAAAACUCUACUUGCCUCUGCUUGCAAGGCAGCCCAGAAGGAGCAUGCAGCCAUCAUUCUCUGGAGCACAGCAUCUUGGAAACAAGUGCAGAGCCUUGCUUUCCACACUCUGACUGUCACACAGAUGGCCUUCUCACCUGAUGACAAGUUCUUACUGGCUGUUUCCAGAGAUCGAACCUGGUCUUUAUGGAAGAGACAGCAUGCAGCCUCCCCCGAGUUUGACCCAUUUUUCACUCUCUUUGCAUUCACCAACACCGUCACUUCUGUGCACAGUAGAAUCAUUUGGUCUUGUUCCUGGAGUCCUGAUAGCAAAUAUUUCUUCACUGGAAGUCGAGACAAAAAGGUGGUUGUGUGGGGCGAGUGUAACUCCAGCCAUCGCCCCAUGGAGCACCCCAUCGGCCCCUGCUCCUCCGUCCUGGAUGUGGGCAGUUCUGUGAUGGCUGUCAGUGUCUGCCCUCUGCUGAACCCGGCCCAGAGAUAUGUGGUUGCAGUUGGAUUAGAGAGUGGGAAGAUUUGUAUAUACUCCUGGAACAAGACUGAUCAAGAAAUCAAUGACUGGACUUGCUGUGUAGAAACAAGUCCAAGCCAAAGUCACACACUUGGUAUCAGAAGGUUAUGCUGGAAGAACUGCAAUGGCAGCACUGAGCAGAGUAAAGAGGGCACUGAGUGGUUGUACUUUGCAAGCUGUGGUGAAGAUCACACCGUCAAGAUUUAUAGGGUUAACAGAUGUGCACUGUGACAGACUUCACCACACCCCGCUGUCCUGAUGUGUCUUAACAUGCUUGUUAUGUAAAUAGAUCACCUUUCCUUAUCUUCUUAUUGACUGAGUUUCCCUAUCUGGAUCUCAGUCCUUUUACUAUCUGAAAAAGUCUGUGAACGAUUUCCCUUGUCCAUUCUGUAGAGAUGAUUGGAUCUACCUUUGUGUGUUUCUGAUUAAGAACAUUUUUUUAAUGUGUGGCCAGAUAAUUUGUCUGGUUUGUCUGGUUAUGCAUUAUGUUGAGUCUUUAGCUCUAUCUGUGCCUAUUUUGUUAUAACAAAAUGCUAGAGGAUGGGUACUUGGUUAAAAAAAAAAAGUUAUUUAGUUCAGCAUUCUGGGAGUUCAAGUGCAUGGCCCUGGAAUCUGUUUGGUUCUGAUGAGGACCUUGUGAGUGGGAUGGCAAUAGUGGGAAAUGUGUCUAGAAUAGGGAAAUCACAUGAUAUGUGAAGGAAACAAGAGAGAUGGAGGGGAGGUACCAGAUUUGCUUAAAACCCUAUCGGGAGAAUGCACUCCUUAAAGGCCUGAUCACCAGUCAUUAGACCCUGCCCCUUGAAAGGUUCCUCUACCUGUCUUCAGACUAUAGGGUUCCAGCAUGUGGCGUCCACACUCAGACUGUUCAAAGCAGCUUUGGGAUGCUUUCAUACUAUUACCUUCUUCGGAGGCUGGAGAGGAAAUGACAGAGAAGCCCAGAGUGUUUGGUUUUAUUUUUACACUCCCUGUGAAUAAGCACACCACACAAUGUGCUGUCUUGACCUCUUCUUCUUACUAGCUACCAGGUAUUCCAGAACUUGGAAGGCGAUUGCAAACUUAAGCUAACGCCAUUCCCUUCCUUUACUUAAAGGUAUUGAGAUUCUCCUUUUAAGAAAUUCAAGUAUCAUUUCCAGAUAUAAGUAAUAAAUUAGGGCUUGGACAGUGAGAGCCAUUUGAGUUUAGAUGACAGCUGGUGUCAGAGUGAAGGAUGUUCCUCAUCAGGGAGACUGGAGAGGGAAAAGAGGGCCUGGAGACGUUGGGAUGAAGAGAGUCAGUAAUAGAGCUUGGAGAGGUGGGAAGAUGCGAGUCUGUGCAGACUGCCACUCAGCCACAGCCCUCCUGGAGCAUUUUGGCAAAGUGAAUAUAUAGAAGGAAAGAAAAGGAGAUACACUUGUUCCAACCUGACCACUCCCCUUCAUGCCCCCCAGCCCCCAAACCAGUUUAUCCUUCCCCUUAUCUUACCUGCUCAGCUCACAGCACAGAUCAGUGCCCAGCACCAGCAAAUGAAAUGGUUUUGUCUUGACAGCUGUCCUAGGCAGAGAAGAGGUGAUAGGAUUGUCCCAACUACACACUUGCCUCGAACACCAGGAGUCAAUACAUGUGCCUGGUGUCUCCCUUGGUCUUGUCAGAGGAAAGUGGCUCUGUUAUUCUUUUGAGAGAUGGAGACUGAGAACUGAAAACUGCUCUCGGCACCCUCAGUCUCCCUGGCAGUGUUGUGGAGUCCUGGGUGGGUUGUCACUGAGCUGCUCUCAGCAGGUCUUUUAGUUGGGUAUGUAUCAGCAUCACCUGUCCAGCUCAUAAGCUGAUGGAUUACUGGCCCUGAGCUCAGAGUUUUGCAUUUGUGUGAAGUGGGAAGCCUGAGAUUAGAGUUUUUUAAACAAUUCCAAGGAAUACAACUCUCCAUGUUGAUAGCACUCCUGUCAUACUGUAGCCUCAGCCCUCAGCUCUCCCAUGCCCACUCCCGCACAACACAUGCACACCCAUUGGUAUCAGUCCCAGGGAUGUUGUGCUCAGAAGUGAAAUCUGCUUCCCACCUCCAGGUGACUGUGAAACACCCUCAGGCUUCGGAAGCCCUGUGGCACAGCUGGACAUUUGCUUGAGCACACAACCACAAUGACAUCAGUACUAUGUUUUGAUGACUCUUUAAAGUGCCUCUCUGGCAAGCCUGGUCUACACAACAAUGAGAGUUCAGUAUUUGAUUUUUCAAUGCCAUUUUGAAAAGCCAAUGGAAUGGUUAGUGUAGUCCCAAAAGCACACAUAAGAGUUGGCAUGAUGAUUCACAACUGUAAUCCCAGCACUUUUAUCCCUGUGCUCAGUAACUAUGACCUCAGAGUCUACAUGGCACAGUGCUUGAAGCAGGGAGUUGGUCUAUUGCCAGUGGUGUUCUGGUCUCACAGGGGUCCUUAUUAAUUAUACAGAUUUUCUGCUUAAUUCUGCUUGUCUUCAUGAUGAAACACAUUGAGCUGCUAGUGAGUUUAGACAGUUGUAGAAACAGAGGGACUAGUGUGCUAUAGUCAGAAGGACCACAUCUACAGAGACAGGCUCUUCAAGCCGUGCAGUGGCUUUCUGAUAGAAUCCUUGCUGCUGUGGGGACAAUGUCCAGGUCACCUGCUGCCGGCACUGGGUGAGCUAGUUGAGCUAGUCCCGUGUAAGAGGCAAACUCAACACUACAACUAGGAUAAAGAACAGGCAAAGCCAGGCAGUGGUAGUGCAUGCCUUUAAUCCUAGCCCUUCAGAGGCAGAGGCAGAAGCAGGUGGUUAUCUGUGACUUCAAGGUCUGUCCAGUCUACAUAGUGCCAGGACAGCCAGGGCUACACAGAGAAACCCUGUCUCAAAAAAAACCAGGAAAAAAAAAAAAAGACAAACUAGCAGAUUGUCAUCAUGGAGAAUGGGUUAUUUGAAGAGAUGUGAUGCUUUUCUGAUAGAGGGUUGCUGAAGACCCCUGCCACCAGCUACCAGAUAGGUGUGGUCCUGCUGUGGACAGAAGGACAAGAAGUAAAAAUCUGUGAUGUAGUUCUGGUUACUGCCAAAUGAUGAAAUUGGGUAUUGCUAAUAGUUUGGGGUUUGUGUUAAGAUGGUUUAACCAAAUCACACCUUUUAUGUUCCCAUAGAAAAGGGUUUCUGUAGUGAACAUACUUUCUCUAUGUGCUUUAACAUUUUUUCUAAUGAUAUUUUAUGUGUGUGGGUAUUCUGUUUGCAUGCAUGCUUUGUGUACAUAACGUGUGUGCUUAGUGACAGCAAAGGCCAGAAGAGGAUGUCAGAUCCCCUGGAAUUGGGGUUACAGAUGGUUGUGAACACACAUGGUUGUAUGUAUUGAGAAUAGAGCCUGGAUCCCCUGCAAAAAUAGCCAAUGCUGUGUCUUUUUUUUUUUUUUUUUUUAAUUAAAAACAUUUUAUCUUACAA